UUUAGUUCCUUGUGAACUUUUGUUCCCAUUUUGUGCGGUAAGCGAGAAAACCUAAAAGUCUUUUCUUGUAAUGUCUGCCAAGGAACAUUUUAUUUCUCUAUCAGGGAUCUGGUUCAUUUGAGGAGGUGACUGUGGAUUUCACGCUGGAGGAGUGGGAGCUGCUAGACUCUGAUCAGAAGACCUUGUGCAGAGAAGUGAUGUGGGAAAUUUCACAGAAUAUGGCUGAUCUAGGAGAUGAUGGGCUGGAAAAUGAGAAUAACAAGCAAGCAAGAUUAAAGACAGAGAAGCAUGAAAUUGAAGAGGUGAUAGUCUGCCAUGAAGAUGAUACAAGAAGACAAGAGAAAAACCACUCAGAGAAUGGAGGAGAGACGUCAUCUACUGCUGUUCCUAUUGGCAUCCAUAGCUUCCUGUUCCAGCAAGACCUGGAAGGAAAGAACAAUGACAUAUAUGGUGAAAAAGAGAAAAGCCAAUUUGAUUUACCUGAAUGUGGCAUAAACCAGACUGAAGGGCAAAUUUAUGAAAUGUAUGAAAACUAUGUCAGUCAUUCUUUCUCUCUUACUUUACUAAAGGAACUAUACAGCAAAAGCAUACCACAUACCUUUGUAAAAUCUGGGAGGGAUUCCAGUCAGAGCAGAGAGAUGAAAUUAUGCAUGGAGUGUGGAAAGAGCUUCAUUAGCAAUAGUGCACUUAUUCUUCACCAAAGGAUACACACUGGGGAGAGACCACAUAAAUGCAUGGAAUGUGGAAAGACCUUUACACAGAAGGGACAUCUUAAUUGUCAUGAAAGAAUCCACACUGGAGAGAAACCACAUAUAUGUCUCAAAUGUGGAAAGACCUUUACCCGGAAACUACAUCUUAAUCAUCACAAAAGGAUCCACACUGGGGAGAGACCACAUAAAUGCAUGGAAUGUGGAAAGAGUUUCAUUACCAACGCUUGUCUUAUUUACCAUCAAAGGAACCACACAGGGGAGAGACCAUUUAAGUGCAUGAAAUGUGGAAGAACCUUUACACAGAAAGGACAUCUUAAUCGUCAUGAAAGAAUCCACACAGGGGAGCGACCAUAUAAAUGCAUGGAAUGUGGAAUGACCUUUAUCCAGAAAGGACAUCUUAGUCUUCAUGAAUGGAUACACACUGGAGAGAGACCCUAUAAAUGCCUAGAAUGUGGAAAGACCUAUACACGAAAAGGACAUCUUAUUCGUCAUGAAAGGAUACACAAUGGAGAAAAUCCAUAUAAAUGCAUAGAAUCUGACAAAAUGUCCUCCACUCAGUAUUCCUGGAUCAGUAAUGCAGAUUCCCAAGCCUGUAUCCAAGAUGGCUUCGGUACCCAACAACAGCCCUUCCCAAAGAUGCACCCACAGUGACAAAAAUCCGUAUCUCAGAUGGAGCUCCUGAUUUCUGUGAUCAUUUUAGAAAUUUGGUAGCAUUAACUUUGUACUUAAUAAUCAGGAAUGAAUGCUGUUUUUCAUG